ACUGCUUUGGACAACUUUACCAAAUGUUAGCAAACUCAACUGUAGCUGUGACGCCAGUUAAGCUACACGUGACAAGAAUGCAUCUUCUGUGUUUAUCAUGUUGAUAUUGAUAGUUUGUUUUUAAGGGCUGUUUAGAAACACUGGGCAUUUUGUUCGCCUUGUCAGGCGCGUGUUGAUCUGCCGUAAGAAAAAGGAACAAGGGUUUGAGUUGACCAACUUAUACCAGCAAUAACAUUGCUCCAUUUCAGCGGAACGAACCAAUAAAACAGCCACACAGAGAGUGUCAACUACAAAACAUCUGUGUGUGUGUGUAAUCGGGCUUAUGAGUUCAGCCAAGAGACCGUUUUGAGUUCAACAUAAAUACAACACUUCAACACAUUCCUGAUGAUGAACUCCUCUGCCUUUGGACGUUGCAUUACCUGGAGGUGUUGCAUACCGAUUUUAGGUACAUUUCACAACCUGCAAGAUAUACUGCGAGCCCUGAAGUGGGCAGGAGUUUCAGUCAGAUAAGUAGUGUUUGUCUUUGAAACAGAACACUCUCUGUUGAGUGAACUUUGAUCAGCUGCUGGUGACUCUGUUUUUUUUAAAGAUUUUUUUCCACUGAAGCAUCGAUGUCAGAUUUAACUUGCGAGACUGAAUAACCUCCAUGCUGCCGUUGAAUCAUUUGUCAUUUCCUCUUUCUCUGCAUCCCAUUGCCCUCCUCCUAUGCCCUCCUCCUAUGGUGCCCCAUGCAAUCCUAAUUGUUUUUUUUCUAAUGAGCACCCCAGUGAGACACAGUGAGGUUUCAAAUGCAGGCUGUUCAUAGGUCAAUGACUUCCCCCACCAGCUGUUGGAGAAGAAUGGGACAGAAUCAAUCAGUUACCAGUGAAAAGUUCCAUCUUCCACUCCUUUGACCUCACUUGACCUUUUAGACAAUAACGUCUCAACAUAAUUUGAGAUAAAUGUUGCCUCAAUGCGAUGAACGGCGCUCUCUUCCAGGUGGUCCAGACAGGAAACUGCCUAAGUGUGUCUUGGAUCUCAGAGCUGGCACUUUCUUCCUUCUUUCCGAGUCUUGGUAUGCUGAAGCUGUGUGAAUGCAGACCUGGUUUCAUCGAUGGAGAUCUUAUGACUUUUUAAAAACCUGCUCUUGAGCUUUUCAUUAGUCACCUCCUUUGUCAUUUUGUGGUUGAGAGCUUAUUGAGAAGUUAGAUUUACAUCUCAUGGGACCAUACAGUUCCAGCUAGUUACAGCUAGGAUUAUGUUGUGAGAGUUAAAUAACAACUUUGUGUUUGUUUGAAAGUGAUGAGUUUGUGCCAUAAUUGAUUUAACAUUCCAGACGCUCAAGGAAGGCCAGACACUAUGUUUUUGUUAUUACCAUCUUGACAAGCCCCCACAAAGGCACAAGGGAGCCGUUUGCUUGCAGAUGUGGUGUCAUGCACCUUUAAAUGGGUAUACACUCCAAUUCUAUUUGAAGACUUGCUGUCUUAUUUUACCCAGCAGCCCUCUACUCUCCCCUCCAAACACUGCAGGACAUUAUGGAGGACUACGUACCCUCUGGUUGUCUACCAUUUAUAAUUGCGAAGAGCUGGAAGUCUUCACUUGUCAUUUGUCACUUAAGAUGGCACUUUCCAACCUUAUUUGCCAGGUAUGCAUUCUGUGUGUUUAUACGUCAUUGACUGGAAGGUGAAAAUGGCUUUUUCUCCUUUUUCAGCACAGCGGGGAAUGAUUAUUCCUCCAUUAAGGGCUAUUUUGGCCGGUUUCUACGUGCACCAUAUGGGCAAAACUGCCCUCUGGGUGUUCAUUUGGAUGUAUCGCUUAUCGCCACAUCUCAGCAGCAUGCUCAAAAACGCAGCGCACUAAAAUGAGAGGCUCAUAUGUUGUGUGUCUGGGGGAAGUCACGCGUUAGGACAGCUCUUUUGUGGAAGCUGUGGAUUUGAUUGAGGUGAAGAGAGACCGUAAGGGUUUAUUGUUGUCCCCCAGUGAAUGAAAAGCUGUUGGUCUCUUGAGGCCUGUGUGUCAGGGGGACAAACUGCAGGAGUAAUGUGGGAAAGAGGGCAACAACAGAAAGGCUGUUUGUCAGGGGAUAUUUUCUGCCGGGGUGAGAGAGAGAGAGAGAGGUCUUGCAUAGCACCAGAGCUGAAAUAAUGAAAAAGUCUAUUUCAAUCAGCCUGUAGGACCUUGAAACGUCUGCCUGCCGUGCCAGGUUGAGUCUUAUUUGUUCUGAGCGUAAACAUCCGUCCUGAGUGAUGGCGUCUUGAAGAAACCCGCACCACUAUGUCUGACUGAUGACACCCCAGGGGGCUUAUGUCAUACUUCCAGAUUCCCGUGGGCCUAGUCGGGGCAGACGGUGAAUGCAACGUGAUCCGGUAGGUCUCCGACUGUGAGAGCGAAGCGCAGCCAGAAUACUCUGGACUAUUUUUAGCUUCUCCUCCCAUUAACUUGCUCCGCAUGAGGAGACAUCAAUCUGAGCUGUUAACUGUUGCACAGACGGCUGAUUAAUUUCCUUUUUUUUUUGGAUUCAGACGCUGGAUCAAAACGGCCUGCUAUCAGUUGUGAGCAUCAACAGUUGACAAUAGGGCAGCUGGUGGAUGGGAGGUUGGUUUUUUUAAGAUUUAAAUGUAAAUGCAGUCCAUAUAUUUGCCUUCAAUAAAGCUUUUAUUUGGUUAAAUAUGUCACAAUCCUCACUGACUUGUCUGUGCCCCCUAUAAUCCUUCCUGAAGAGACAGAGAAAGUGGCAUGUCUCCCUCAGAGCAUAAGUCUGGUUUCGUCUUUGCUUCAGUGGUUUCACUUCUCUCGUAACCAUGACAGGCUGCCAAUGGUGAAAAAUACUCCAGAUAGUCAUCAUCCCCCCCAAGGACUCUUCUCCUUUAACAUGUUAGGCCUAAGGUCUUGGUUCAAGGUAUGUUUCUCUGUGUGUAUUAUCCCAGCGUGAGGAUUUUAACACAUUUGUGGAGAUGACUCGGUAUAAACGUUCUCCUUUUUUUUUUUUUGGUAUGAGUGCUGUAUCUUGACCAGCAACUUAAUUAUCACUUUGCUGUGUUUUAAAGAAAGGAAUUCAGGCUUUGACUGCCUGGAUCAGUGUCAAAGCCUGGCGAUUAGAGGAACAAGGAUGUUUAUCAGCCCAUCUGAAGAAGUGAUCCAUUGCAGGUCUUGCUUUUAAUAACCAUCAGAUUGGCUCUUAGCAUCUGUCUUCAAUUAAGGGGAGAAUUGCAGAUUCCCAUGCGGCCAGUUCAUGCCGCGGGUAACGCAGUCGUCAGCUGUGGGAGCCAAAUGCUCUCCAUUUGAGUGAAAUGGCUGCUAUUUCAAGGACAGGUGGUCAGCUUGGCAUGAAUGUUAGCCUGUAGGUAGUGUUUGCUUUAGGAUUUGAAAUCUGGCUGUACCCCCUCCCUAGAAAAACAAGGAUUUGGAAUUGCCAUAUGUCAGCAAACAGGAGGUGAAAGGUAAUGAGUUACGAUUGUUGAAUUCUGUCCAGAUGUGUUAAUAUUGUGGGUUACACUGCUAGACAUUUUCACUCUCUCCACCCGUCUAGGUUUUGAGCCCAUUAUAGGCUUGCCUCUCAUUGACCAGAGACAGAUUCGUUUUGGUCUGGUCAUAGAGUGGGGUUAGCUCAUAAACUCAUAGUAGUUGGGAUUAACAGAGGAUUUUUUUUUUAGUUCGCUGUUCACUGAAACAAGUUCAGAGCCUGACCCUCGACAUGAACACUACUCCUGCAGGCUUCACAAACUAGCUCACCACUUGAAAAUCAAUUGGUCAACGGCUGUUUGAGGAGGCUUCAUUCUACUGGAAUGUUGUUGUAGCAGUGCUGCAUUGACUGAGCAUAAAUCUGUGCAUCUUACACCAUUUGUUUGCUCUCAAAUAUAGAUGUCAGUCAGAUCCACGUUGAAGGCAAAACAGAUCAAAAUGUCGGGUAGUUAGGGUAAUUCUUUCACCAACUGUAAAUAUCAUGAAACUAUAGAAAUGAAUGAUGACUUAUGAGUCCAAAGAAGAACCUGCAUUCAUUUUGUGGAUAAGAUUUUCUUUGCGACGAACAAAAUAAUAAUAAUAUUUCUAUGGCUGCUGACUUUCUUGUCCAGUAAACAAGCUGUACUUGAGUCCAGGCUAGAGCUGCAGGGACCCUACAGUGAAGCAGUGAUCUUAAUGUGUGGAUCCAGCUUUGUGACUUUCCUCCUUGCAUUCCUGCACAUCUUAAUUGGCGAACCUCCUGGCAGUGGUCUUAGCUCGGCCUCGGCUUGCCCGGCUGUCAGCUCGGCACAGUGGCCAGCAAGCGUGCUAUGAACAAUGCCCAUCCUAAUCCCUGAAGAAUUCCUGCUCCUCUGAUCUAGCUGGCUGGAGAAUGUAAUGUUUAAAAGGCCGGGGGCUCACUAGGAAUCACAGGGAGAGAAGUUCUCAUGCGCAGUCUUUCAUGUUAAUUUGUUGUAAGGAGCCAGAGAGGCAGUGAUGUGAGAAACUGGCAGCACAGUGACUCUGAGGGGACAUGCCGCAUCAUUAACGGCACCGCAGCCUGGCAUGAGGGAUUAAAAAAUACUUGCCACCCGGGGUGAACCUGUACUCUCACCGGACCGUCGCAUCGAUGACGAGAGACUUGUUUUGAUGCGACAUGGAUUUAUUUGUAACACUUAUGAAAACAAAUGUAUAAAAGCAAGUUUUUAUGAAAUGUACUUGUUUUUGUUGGGCUCCUCUGUUUCAUUUGUCAGUAAUUUUAUGCAGCGGACAUUCAUAUUUAUUGUAGUGGCUUUUCAUAAAUCAAUUUGUAAUGCUGUUUUUGAGAAACACAUCAAUUAAAGAUGCAUCAUUGAUGUGUAUAUAGCUCAAUAGGCAGGUUCUUAAAUGUCAAAUCUUUACCAUGUUAAGUUAGACUGUUGUCUAACCCUCCGGCCCUUUCUCUACGGAUUAGUAUGAGCUCAUGUCGCUGUUGCCUCCACUUUGCAUACAUACUUCAGCCCCAGCUUUGUGGAAAGCGAUUAUGGCGAUCACGGUUACAAUGAUCGACCGCUUAUGGUAACCAAUUAGUCCGCUUACAAUGUUCAGUGUACUCAGGCGUAGUAGCCAAUUUGCACUAUUGAUGGGAAAAAACAGGCAAAAUACUGUUUCAGGCUAUAGCCUCAUUAUAAUUUUAACUUCAGUAAACUAUAUUUUAUAUACAGUACAGUACUCAUUGUACUAUGGUGUUAAUCUGUGCAGUAAUUUGCGAAAGCGUUUGAAACAGCUCUACUGUAUUUUAAAACAAUCGAUACAAUUCAAACUAUAAAUAUAAGAAAGUCACUUAGAUUAUAAUCUGCACGAGACCUGAAGAAAAACACAAAAAUGUUUAUAAUAAUCAUCUUCUUAUAGUGUUCAGUUUGACCCAGACAGACGUGAUCACUAUAAAAGUUUUCCACUGUAUUGAGCCAAUGCAGAGCAGGGCUCACUUGACAAAAGAACUGAAAACUCAGGAAGACUAACAUAAAGUAAAGAAACAUUAGGCGUUCUUCAAUAAGAACCCACCAAGAAAGAAAAACAUUGCCACGUGAUAUGUACUGUAAGCCCGGGCAUGAAGUGCCUGAAUCCUGUUUGACCCUUCAUGGUUUGUUUUGUCAGCUCCAGAGGCCUGAGUGCCAUGCCAGAGGGGUCCCAUUCUGCUCUCCACCAGGACCCAAUGGGGGAAGAAUCUCCUCAGUUGUCCUCGCCCCUCUCCACCAGUGAACAGGACCGGGCAAACAAUGACUUGGGCCCAGAGUACAGCCGGCUAUGUGUGGAGCUACUGGACGGAGAAGGUGAACGUCCAGUGAGCCUGGUGUCCACCCUUUCCUCUGGUUCAUCCCGUGAUAGUCGCAGCCUCUUUGGAAGCACCGCAGCCCUUCCUUCCUCCACCACCCCACCCAUACAGAGCGAGGAGGACAUAGACCUUGAGCUGAGCCCAGCCGAAAGCACUGGAGAUCGGCCAGCGGACCAGAGUCCCACCCUCACGUGCUCCAGGGGCCGCUGGCUGGAACGGCGGGUGAUCAGCAACCAGUGGAACAACAACGCCACCUCCUACAGGAAGGCAAGUGGUGGAAUACCUCACACCCCCGCCUCGCCUGUCGUCACGCACGCCAUGGCGCCCAACCCAAAGCUGACCUAUUUGGACCGUGUUGUCAUGGAGAUCAUUGAGACAGAGCGCAUGUACGUCAAGGACCUGCGCAGCAUCGUGGAGGACUACUUGGCUCACAUUAUCGAUAUGAGUAACCUUCCCAUUCAGCCAGAGCAAGUGUGUGGUCUGUUUGGAAACAUAGAGGACAUCUAUGAGUUCAACAGUGAACUGCUGCAGUCCUUAGACAUGUGUGAGAAUGACCCUGUGGCCAUUGCUCGAUGCUUUGUAGAUAAGAGUGAAUACUUUGAAAUAUACACUCAGUAUUGCACCAACUAUCCCAACUCAGUGGCAGCACUGACCGAAUGCAUGAGGAGUAAAACUUUGGCCACGUUCUUUGGGGAUCGACAGGCUGCUCUGAAUCGCUCCCUCCCUCUGGGCUCCUAUCUGCUAAAGCCGGUCCAGAGGAUCCUGAAGUAUCACCUGCUGCUUCAGGAAAUUGCGAAGCACUUUGACUCGGACGAGGAGGGCUAUGAGGUCAUUCAGGAGGCCAUAGACACCAUGACCGGCGUGGCCUGGUACAUCAACGAUAUGAAGAGGAAACAUGAACAUGCUGUCAGAGUGCAGGAGAUACAGUCUCUUCUCAUCAACUGGAAGGGUCCUGACCUGACCACCUAUGGAGAGCUGGUGCUGGAGGGCACCUUUCAUGUCCUGCGGGCGAAGAACACCCGUACACUCUUCCUCUUCGAAAGGAUGCUUCUCAUUACCAAGAAAAGAGGAGAACACUACGUCUACAAGAUCCACAUCUCAUGCUCCACCCUAAUGCUACUCGACAGUGCCAAGGAUCCCCUGCUCUUCAGUGUUAUCCAUUUUAAGCAUCCCAAGCAACCUCAUACAGUGCAGGCCAAGUCAGUAGAAGAGAAGCGUCUCUGGGCUCAUCACAUUAAGAGACUCAUUCUUGAGAACCACAACACCAUCGUCCCACAGAAGGCAAAAGAAGCCAUCCUGGACAAUUCUAUCUAUCCAGGGAAGUACCACUAUAGUCCUGAGCGGCUGAAGAAAGCAGCGUCCUGCCAAGCUGAUGACUUCCAUCUUGGAGGGCGGAAUGAGAGAAGGAGAUCAGAACCUGCAAAACAAAUCAUAAGGAGCACAAAAGCUGUUUUGAAGCAUGCAGACAGUGAGGGUGCACUGGUGGGGGAGAGGUGCUCCCUUCAGCCUGCCACUAGUGUCAGUACGCUGGCCUCCAGUCUAAGCGAGUCCCAGGCUGAGAGGCCAUGUGUGGAGGAUCUAAUUCCCAGAAGGGACUCUCAGGAGCAGCUAAGUCCUUCUGACAGUGACCCGAAACUGGACUCUCCACCAAGUGAGGGGGUGCCGGAGCUGGAGAAGACAGAGGAGGCAAAGGAAGAGGAGGAGGGGGAGAGUUACAAGGAAGAUAUACUGAUGGGAGACGACCAGGUAGCCGACUUUGCCAGCUCAGUGCUGGCAGCCAUCUCCUGCUGGCACUAUAGAGCCAGGGCUUUGCUUUCCACUCACUUCACAACGGACGAUCAGAUUGGAGAUACGGCUGAGUGGAAAACUACACCAACAGAGGAGGUAAAACCUCACAGGCAGGAGGACAAACAUGUGGAUGUGGCUGUGAAAGAAACUCUUUCCACACAGGAGCUGUGCCCUCUAGACUGUGUCGCUCAAGCAAGAAAGAGCCAUCCGCUGGAGAUGCAUUACUCCCAGUGCCCCGAGUCUCCGGUCUACCCUUUGCAACAAGGAGCCGACACACCAGAAUCUCAGAAUAACUCAAGAGAAGCUGCAGAGGAGGAAGAAGGGGAGAGUGAUUCCUCUGUUCUCCAAGUGGAGGAGACGAGUGUACUGACAAAUGGGGAGCUCUCAGAAGAAGACGAAGAGGGGCUUUCAGACAAUAAAAGCAUCCUACCCUCCUCUGUGUUGGACCAGGCAAGUGUGAUAGCUGAGCGCUUCAUCAGCAGCCUUUCGAGACGGAGCAGUCUGGUAUCGGAGGACUUGGGGUCCCUUGCAUGCCCCUCACCCUCAAUAGAUAAUGAAGUCUUCAAAAGCUCCUCAGCUUGCAUGGAUUUAGAGCAACAGACUCAAAUGCUGGCCAGCUCUUCUCCAGGGCCACAGGUGAUCUCCGAGGUUGAUCUGUCAACGCCUGCACCCGAUCCCGCACUGAACGCCCUCGUUGAAGAGGAACUCAGGUCCACUCUCUCUAAACAAGAUCGCCUCCUCAUCUGCAAGAUCAGAAGAUACUACCAACACGCUGAGCACCAAGAUGCUGCCUUCAGCAUCAAGCGCCGGGAGAGUCUCUCCUACAUCCCAGCAGGUCUGGUCCGCCACCUGAGCCGACAGCUAAACAGUAAUCCUCAGGAGCAGGCCGUCACAGUUCAUAGGAAAGGCCUCUCUCGGAACCGUCCCACUUCCUGGUCAGUGUUUGACCUUCCUGGCUUGGAAAAGAGUCGAAACACUGACACUCAACAAAAGACUAAACCACAGAGACCAGUGGAAGCUAAGGCUAGAUCUCAGAGCAACACAGAUACCUCUACCACAGAGGAAGAGUUUAGAACCUCAUCAGACAUGCUCAAGGUUUGGCAAGACAUGGAAAUAGAGGAGGACAGCCAGGACAACCUGCAAAAUACAGAGGAGAAACUUAAAGACUCGAGAUUAGAAACAACAUGGGAUGUCAGCUCAGACACUUUAAAUGUUAAAACCAGUAAGCAACCACCUCCUAUUUUAGAAGAGUCUGAAAAAAGCACUGCCUCAGAUGGCUCCUCCGUCUCAUCUCCCACCACAACUUUUCCAGCAGUGGAAGGGGGAUCCUGUCAGGACUCUACGUCUCAAGACAAGAGCCGCGUCAACCAUGGCCAAGUACCCAAGAUAAUUAGCUUCCGAACAAGUAUGGAUGAGGACCAGAUCCUAAACGACAUGGGGAAGAUGAAGAACAAGGUGUUCCAGCUGGCACGCCAGUACAGUCAGCGCAUUAAAAGUAACCGGCCAAUAGUGUGGCCGAGGAACCGAGAAAGAGCAAAUCAACAGGGCUUCAAUAGUUUGCCUGCUGUCCAUGAGGAGAAGAUACAAUUGAGGAAAAAGGGUAAACCCAACCUGAGGUUGCCCUUGAACACUUGUGAUCAGUCAGUCGUCCAUGAAGAGCGUUCUCCAAGCCCGGUCCAGACCCCCAGCUCUGGACCCAGCUCUGGACCCAGCUCUGGACCCAGCUCCCAGAGCACAGUUACAUGCCCACAAAGCCCACCGUCGGAGACAGUGACCUUCCACUGGCCUGACGUACAGGAGCUGCGCACCAAAUACACAGACACCUCCCACUCCUCGAAACUAACUUGUAGCUGCACAGUCCUAAACGGGGUGCUGGAGUGCUGUACAAACAGGUGUAAUGGGUGCUCACUCAAGUACAAUAGCUCCUCUGACCUUCACAAAGCUCUGACAGACGGUCCGAGGACAGAGUCUGAAACAGCAUACAAAGAAAUGUGUCAUGUGGUAGAGGACUGGGCCCAGCCCCAGCUUCAGCCCCUGCUGUGCAGGUGGAGCUCCUUGGACCACAUGCUUGGGUCUCUUCCCCUCCAUAAAGUACAGAACUUUCAGGAACCUGUGCGGACCUGCUUCACAACACGUCAGGUGUCUCUGAUAACGAGAGAAGGCGGGGACAAUGUUCUCCAGGAGGACCUAGACUGUACCACAAAGUCUGCUGCCUCUUCGGGGAAGACGACAGAAAGUAAUCUCGUGAAAAGCUUACGAGAGAAGUUCCAGAGCUUAACCACAAGCUCAUGAACAUGUGAAUUAUGUGAUUUUUAUCAGGGACUAUCACGUGGAAACCAGUUACGUUAUGCUUCUCAACGUCCUCUUUUCCCUCAAAAGAAUGCAACUUGUUGUCUGCACAUUGUUUUCAGUACACACGGUGAUGAUUUCGGCACCAGUGAAACAUAAAGGGAUGUUAUUGGUCAUUGGUGAGGGCCAAAGCAUAUUGUCUUUAAAAAGGUGUAUUGCAAUAUUUGUACAUUAGUAUUUGUCUGCACUGUACAAUACAAGUUUUUGUAAAGAUUUGUAUAUAGUCCCUAGUAAUUGAGGAUUAAGUUCUACUUUAUUAUUAUUUGCAUCACUUUUGUUUCCACCCACUGUUGGUGAUUCUUGCUAUAACUAUAGCACUGUUAUCAUUUAACCGUGUGAACUGUCUGCUGGAGUUUCAGGGGAAAGCAAAAAGGAGCUAAAGUGUCAUUGACGAGAGACCUCUGUUGUUGGUAAAGUCUCUAACCGUACGCCAAAGAGGGUUUCCUUUUAACAUUUGUUGACUUUAAUGCACGUGUUCACAACAGUAAUUUGCUUCCACGUUUACUGUAGCUGCUUCUAAAAAUGUUUCACAAACUAUCACUGGAGCUUUAUUUUUCUCAAUAAGCUGUAUAUUUUCUUUGAUAUUAUUUAUGAAACUCUAUAUUUGGAAAAGAUUGUCCUCGUGUAAAUACUGACCCAUAGCAGCCCUUUUUACUUUUCCAUUCCAGAACAUAUAUCAUUUCAUACUUGAAGUUUCCCAUAUUUUCAAUAAAAACAGAAAUGGUAAA